AUGUACCUCUUCUUCCUUUUCGGUCUGCUGUGCGCGGCGGGGCACCACAUCUUCUACAGCACGCUGGACGGCAGGAUCGCGGACCGGCAGCUCGAGAUGCUGCGCUACGGUGCGGUCCUGGCGUUCGCCACAAAGGCCGGGCUCGUGGCUGCCGUCGUUGUGGCCUUCCGCCAGCGCAUCUGGCUCACCGUGCGGAGCAAGCUGCUCAGCGUGCCCGCGCUGGACAGUCUGUUCGCGGCCACGGACGACAUCACGGCACUGUGGAACGCCGAGGUUUACAGGACUGCGAGUGUGGCGAUGGCUCUGGCGGCUUUUGUUUGGCUGGCGCCGCUCGUCAUCAUCUUCACGAGCAACUCGCUCAGCGUGGAGCUGCACCUGAACGCCAUCAACACGACCUGCCCAAACGUGCGCAGCCUCAACUUUGACAAGGAGUCGCUCGAGAACUGGCGCGACCCGACCAUCAUCGAUGACCUGAUCGGGCAGUCGGUGAGCACUUGGAACUCGACCACCACGAGCCCCGAGAUGGAGGGCUGGUUCGACUACUACACGGCCUUCAGCCGGACCAUGGAGGUCACUGCCACCAUGGCCAUCUUCACCCAGCAGACGGUCGCCCGAACCGGCGUCACGGACGACAUAUGCGGCGGUGGGUGGAACUGCUCGUACACGAUCAACUUUACGGCGCCGGGUUACAAGUGCGAGGAGCUCGCCAAGGGGGUCGGUGCCACGGUCGGCCAGUUCGGGGACCAUGAUCCGCCCAAGGACUUUGGCAUCGAAUACCUUCUGCCAAAGGGUAACUUGAGCUACCAGGCCUCGACGAUGGGAGGGGAGUACUACAUAUCUCAGGUGAGCCCCGUGAGCACAGGAGGCAUGCCGACCGAGUUGAAGCCGCCGUUCCCCAAGAACCUGGGCGCGUUCCGCACCGAGCCGAUCAUCUGGGUCGGCUACGCAGAGCGCGUGGACACGGUGCCCACCAACAGAUCCGUGCCGGGGUUUGACAAGGCGUUUAUCCCGCACGUCUUUGCCUGCGAGCACUACGAGACGGCAUACACUGUGCGCUUUGAGUACCGCAACGGAAAGCAGACCGCGAAUGUGACGGACAGGCAGUACCUGCGCCGGGUGGUGGACACGAAAUGGUUACAGGACGAGGUCAAUCCGUCACCACAUGACGAGGACGAAGACGGGCCGUCACGAAGGAACAGUAACAACAACAAGAACCGCACGACCGACGGCACAAACGACCCGACCGUCGCCUUUCCCCAAAGCAGCUAUGUCUUUCCCCAGCAGGUCCAGCGCUACGGCAAAGUGGCUGCUUACCAUUCCGUCGGGAAGCUGCUGCGCGACUCGAUGCAGGGGUGGCUGAACUCGGAGAACGUGCUGAACCCCAUUGGCGACACAAAGGCCCUCCAGACGAAGCUCCUCGACCCUCGACAGAAGUGGUUCCCCUUCCCGGAUCUCCAGGAUCGCCUGCGUAGCCUGUACGAGGACAUCGUGUUGUCCAUGCUGGCGGACCCGCGAUAUGUCUCGGUGGUCUGGGCUGCCAAUCCAAACAUCAUCAGCGGCGCGGUGGCGGAUGAUAGUCCCGACCAUGGAGACUCGGCAUAUCCGUGCGAGCGAUCACGCAACGAGAUCAGAUACAAGUACCACGCGAGAGAUCUCUGGAUCGUAUAUGGCCUGGCCCUGCUGAUCGCGCUGACGGCUAUCAUCGUGGGGACCAGAGCGGUCUUCGCGAACGAAGGCGUGCUCCACGACACACGCUUCUCCAACAUUGUUGCGGCGACAAGAGGACCUGCCUUGGACAAGCUGGGAUGGCACAGCCAGGGUGCUGUGACAGAGACACUUUUGGGUGGUGUUGAUCACGGCAGACAUCUGCCACGAGACAUCAAGAACAUCAGAGUCGGAUACGGCAUCGUGCCGCUUUCCGGCCAAGACGAGAACCCCCGAGACCCACCUUACUCGUCCACUACUCCUAACAGUGGUUACGAGCCAUACUCGCAUCACAUGUAUGGUGGUGAGGACAACACGCGAGUACCCGGCCGCAUGUGGGACGUCGGCGAGGUACGGUAUGGCUUCGGGCUCGAGGGCGACGUUCGACAGUUGCUGCGCAGUGAAGGAAUUCGAAUUCGAGGACGGUCUCGAGGGCGGUCCCCGGGCUAG